AUGAGCGCAGACGCUUUGCGCAAAGAGCAGGAUGCUUUCUCCUCUUUCUUCGCCACAUUUCAACUUGCUAGGCCCGUUACCACCAUCUCGGAUCUGAGCGACGGGGCUGCUCUGUUCGAGAUCCUCAGUACUAUCGAUGCAGACUAUUUCCGCCAGCCUACACGGCCCUCUGCGCAACCCUCAGACAACUGGGUUCUCCGUUUCAAUUCGAUGAAACGUCUCUACCGUCUCAUGACACAAUAUUUCUCCGACGUUCUCAACAAACCUACAUCCUCACUUGACGUGCCGGACUUACAAGCUAUCGCGAAGGACCACGAUGUGGCCUCGACAUUGACUAUGUGCAGGCUGACGAUCGCCAUCGCAGUGCAGUGCGAGAAGAACAAGGAGUUUAUUGAGAAGAUUCAAGGAUUGAGCGAGACGGAUCAGCACUAUCUGAUGAAGGCUAUCGAGCAGGUAUGGGAUGACCAUUACUACCAAAUCCAGUCAGACCGUAGCCGUGCGUUAAUGGAGAAAGACACCGUGGAGAAAGUAUAUCAACAGCUCAUGGAAGAGCAUCGAACCCUCCAAUCCAACUUGGACGAUGCUGUACAAGAAAAGGACGAGGCUAUUGCCCGUGUGCGACAAUUCGAGAGGGAGAUGGAGGCAGAGGGGAGGAGGAACGAUGGAAAGGCAGACGUGAUGAUGCGGGCUGAGAUUGAUAGACUGAGGGCGGAUCUGCAUAAGAGCGAGGAGAACCUUGCAAUCGCGGAGGCGGAGCUCGAUAAGCAGACUACUCUCGUCAACGACAUGACGAGGAAAGUGGAUGAGCUCCAGGUCAAAGCGGACGAGGCUGCCCGGCUGAAGGACCAGAUGGACGAAUAUCGUCAUGCUGCCGACCGUCUAGCGAAGACCGAAAAUGUGAUGGAGAAGUACAAGAAGAAAUUGCAAGAAGGAGCAGACCUCCGGCAACACGUCAAGUCCCUCGAGAAACAAAAUGCCGACCUCGUAGAUAAGAACGCCUCCCUCGAAGAAGAAUACCGUAAAGUAGCAGCCUACAAGCCCCUCAUGGAAUCCUACAAAUCCCAAAUCGCCGACCUCGAGAACAAAGCGGCCUCCCGUAGCAAAGAAUACGAGUCCAUGCGGUUCGACCUCGAACAGACGAAAACAAAACUGCGUAUCACGGAGGAAGAGAGGGCCAAGGACUCGGAGACGCUGGAUCUGUACCAGGAGCGGGUGAGGGAGUUGGAGCUGAGCUCGAAUAGGCCGGUCAAGCCUGCGAGGAAACAUUCGGAGGAUAACGCGGCGGUUCCGGGAGAGAAGGUCGAGGGUGGCGAGGGUGGUGGGGCGGGUGAAGGCGGUACGGGGGUGAAGACGAUCACGGAGGAUGCGUAUGAGGACGAGUUUGAUGCUGAUCAGGGUCUGGGUGGGGAGUUGGACGACGCGAUCACGGGGACGACGAUGACGGACUUGAAGUUGCAGAUUAGGAAGUUGAAGAGGGAGUUGGAGGCUGUGAAGAGUAAUCAUGCGGAUUCGAGUAGGGUGUUGGUCCUUGAGAAUCUUCUGGAGGAUGCGAAUAGGAUGAAGGCGAGGUAUGAGUCGGAUUACCUGGCCGCACAUAGGGAGAAGCUUGUUCUGCAGAAUAAUCUGGAGGAGAUUAGGAGUGGAAAGUCGAUGGGUGAUGGGGCUGAGGCUGCGAUCGCGCUGAGACAACGUCUCAACGAGACAGUGGAUCAGCUGGAUACUCUGCGCAAGGAUCAUACGGAGCUCGAAGUCAAGUUCGACAGCCAAGCUAAAGAAUUAACCAUUGCCAAGUCUGACCUCAAUCUCGUCAACAAAGAUCAGCUCGAGAUUCUCUCGUCCCUUCGCGAAUCAGUCAACGAAGACAAGACAGGCCUCGAAUCCGAGCUCGAGCGUAUGCGGAAGCAACUGGCUGAACUUGGCGAGAAGAACAAGAUGCAGCUCGAGCAGAUCAACGGCCUGCUGUUGGAGAAGGUCAAUCUCCAGAGCGACAGUAUCGGCCAGAGAGAGAAGGCGUUGCAACGGGAGAGAGACUUUGGGCAAUUGCGUUCUGCGUUGGCGGGCAGGGAUGUCCCAGAGGAUAUCAAGGCGCAGAUUAUGAAACUGCACGAAGACAACAUGAACGCGAGGGAGCAGCUGAAGGCUAUGACCGAGAAGUUCAACAAGGCGAAAGCUUUCAUCAAGGACCAAGACAGGCUGUUCAAGGAGGAACAUGCGAAGAGGCCCGGCUCCGCCAGUGGCAUUUUCGACGAUGGAGAGGGAAGCAAGAUCCAGCACGAGGAGAUCGAGCGCCUCAAGCGCGACAUCGCUGCUAUGCGGAUCCAAGCCGCGAAAGAGCAACAGCUCAUGCUCAGCACGAUACACACCCUCCAGAUGGCCAGCGUGCGGGGACAGCUCGGCGGUGCUCAGAGGGGAGGGCCUUCGGCAUGGCUGCCACAGCAGCGGCAGACCGUACGUCCUCAUUCGUUUUGUUCUUCUGCAUGUGCUCCUCAAUCUAAUCGAGACUAA